UCCACUGUCAAGUACAUUUCCUCUGCAUCGGAAUGGCAAAGGGAGACCGUGCUCCAAGCAGUGCGACUGUCAGUGUCGAAUAGUUCGUGUUAAUGUCUGGUGUUAUUAUUGCAUAGGAACAAAUGCAGGAGUUGCUUACCUGGGCGUGUAUAUGUGGCUAGAGGGAAAUCAACGCUCCCGCUCAAACCGGUCAUUUGAUACAUUUUUUUUUAAACAUUUGAGCUUUGAUGCUUGAGUUUACAUGUUCCAGUGUUUCUCCUCGAAAUAGUCAUUCGUCGCUUGGUGUACAAUGUAGCGUCAUUUGUGUAUUAGCCUACCUGCAUGAAUGUAACAUGAUAUUUAGUUCGAUAUGACUAAUGUGACUGAAAGUAAAAGCGUAGAAUGGCUCCAACUCGAGUUGGAAUCCGGGGGAAGUUCGCUGCUUUUGUUGGACUGCCGAUCGCACGAGCUUUACGAAUCAUCCCACAUAGAAACGGCGAUCAAUUUGGCAAUUCCAGCAUUGAUGCUGCGAAGGUUUAAGAAGGGCAACAUACCCAUCCGAACUAUCAUACCGAACCACGAUGACAAGGAGAAAUUCGUUAGACGUUGCAAUACAGAUACAGUGAUUCUGUACGAUGAGUGCACUGUGGACUGGCAGGAUGGGGCCACUGGCUCGGUUCUGGGACUACUUCUUCAGAAACUAUGGGACGACGGAUGUAAAGCAUAUUACCUGGAAGGGGGAUUUGGGAAGUUUCAGACCGAGUACCCAGAGCACUGUGAAACCCUCCUGGACAGCUCCUGUCCCAGCUCCUCUCCCCCGCUCUCUGUCCUAGGCUUCGGAAGUCUCCGGAUCAGUUCCGACCUCUCAGAUGGUGAAUCGGACCGUGAGCCGAGCAGCGCCACCGAGUCGGAGGAGAGCCCCCUUCCCAACAUCCAACCUGCCUUCCCAGUCCAGAUCCUCCCCUUCCUUUACCUGGGCUGUGCCAAAGACUCCACCAACCUGGACGUGCUGGGCCAGUACAACAUCAAGUACAUCCUGAACGUCACACCCAACCUCCCCAACAUGUUUGAACAUGACGGCCUCUUUACGUACAAGCAGAUCCCCAUCUCGGACCACUGGAGUCAGAACUUGUCCCAGUUCUUUCCAGAGGCCAUAUCCUUCAUCGAUGAGGCUCGGUCCAAGCAGUGUGGCGUCCUGGUACACUGUCUGGCUGGUAUCAGCCGCUCUGUGACCGUUACCGUGGCCUACUUGAUGCAGAGGCUCAACCUAUCCCUCAAUGACGCCUAUGACUUUGUCAAGAGGAAGAAGUCCAACAUCUCCCCCAACUUCAACUUCAUGGGCCAGCUGCUGGACUUCGAGAGGACACUGGGGCUGCACAGCCCGUGUGACAACCGCUCCUCAUCCAAUGAGCAGCUCUACUUCACCACGCCGACCAAUCACAACGUGUUCCAGUUGGACACUCUGGGGUCGACGUGAGGAGACGGAGAAGGCAGGGUUUGGCGGCCAUGUUGCUUCAUCAGUGUCAACAUGGUCUUUUGUAGGCUGUCAGGAAAAGGAAAAGACUCCUGGAACUGCAGCUGGUAGAGAGAGACUGAGGAGGCUCACCUGUCAUGCAAGUGAUUUAAGUAUGGAUUUUUAUAGGCCACGGUGCUCCCCAGUAUGCUUAAAAAAAGUACAUACUUUGUUUGGUCCACGCUCUGAUGCCUUAUUGUCAAUAAUAGUGAAUUAUGGUAUGGUUAUUGCAGGAAAUGUCAUUAUUAUGAGCUAACUCUAAGAUGAUUUAACUGUUAUUUCAUAUUCUCCAGCUGUGAUGGGGAUGUGUCAGUUGUUUUCCUAACAGAUGUGGCUAAUGCAUUGGUCUGAAGGGAGAGGUUGGCCAUGGAGAAUGUGGAUCUAUGUUUUCUGGGACCAAACAGAGAUUUUUUUGAAUGGUACUUUUGCUGAGGAGAUGGGGCUACUUUAAGUUGGCCUUGAAUGGCUGUAACGUUCCUGUUGAUGACUAACGUUCCUGUUGAUGGCUGUAACGUUCCUGUUAAUGACUGUAACGUUCCUGUUGAUGGCUGUAACGUUCCUGUUAAUGACUGUAACGUUCCUGUUGAUGGCUGUAACGUUCCUGUUAAUGACUGUAACGUUCCUGUUGAUGACUGUAAUGUUCCUGUUGAUGACUGUAACGUUCCUGUUGAUGACUAAUGUUCCUGUUGAUGGCUGUAACGUUCCUGUUAAUGACUGUAACGUUCCUGUUGAUGACUGUAACGUUCCUGUUGAUGACUAACGUUCCUGUUGAUGACUGUAAUGUUCCUGUUGAUGACUGUAACGUUCCUGUUGAUGACUAAUGUUCCUGUUGAUGGCUGUAACGUUCCUGUUAAUGACUGUAACGUUCCUGUUGAUGACUGUAACGUUCCUGUUGAUGACUAACGUUCCUGUUGAUGGCUGUAACGUUCCUGUUAAUGACUGUAACGUUCCUGUUAAUGACUGUAACGUUCCUGUUAAUGGCUGUAACGUUCCUGUUGAUGGCUGUAACGUUCCUGUUGAUGACUGUAACGUUCCUGUUGAUGGCUGUAACGUUCCUGUUGAUGGCUGUAACGUUCCUGUUGAUGACUGUAACGUUCCUGUUGAUGGCUGUAACGUUCCUGUUGAUGACUGUAACAUUCCUAUUGAUGACUGUAACAUUACUGUUGAUGACUGUAACAUUCCUAUUGAUGACUGUAACGUUCCUUUUGAUGACUAAUGUUCCUGUGGAUGACUAACAUUCCUAUUGAUGACUGUAACGUUCCUAUUGAUGACAGUAACGUUCCUAUUGAUGACAGUAACGUUCCUAUUGAUGACUGUUCUAAACGUCUUCAUUUGCAGCUCUCUCUCUUAACAUCAGAAUGGAGUGAUCUUGGGAAACAGUAGUUGACAAGUGCUAUGUUAUUUUCCCUACUUUGCUGUCAUCUUCAGAGUAAACAUUUGAUCAUGUAGGAAUGCAAUACAGUAUGUCAGAGCAUUACCGUUUUACCUUUGUUGAAUUGAGACAGGUCACCCUCUGCAAAAUGUUAAAGAUGAAACACCUAUAGUUUUGUUUUGCAAAGCUCUUGUAAAUUGUAAUAAUUAUAAUAGCAUUGCAUUGUCUGCAUGUAAUCAAGUUGAAUUUCUGUUCUGUACCUCUUCUGCCUGUUGUUCCUGUGUCCUUUAUCAUACCUUCUAAGUUAACAUAACACUUAACUGUCUUUAACCAAGGACCUGGGUAUAGUAUAGGAUUGUCAUAUGCCAUGCUUGAAAUUCAUGACUUGUAGUUAUGACCCAUAAUGGACAUCUGAACCUUGUUUAUUAAGUCAUGGAUAAGUCAUGUAUAGACACAAUCUUCAGCUUGCAGCUACUCUUCCUUUAGCAGAACCAUGUUAAGGGAAACAUGCAGUGCAGUUUUGAUCCGUUCUGUUUUUGCCAGUAAUGUUUCGGAACGAGUCGGCUCAAAGUUGAAUGUUUUAGUGAAUGAGAGAGAGGGAAUGAAAUGAAACCAGUGAAGAUGAUGCUAGAUGUGUUCUUACCUCACGGAGAGACAUUUUCAGGGAUUUUAUAUAACAUAUCUGUAUUUUGUUACAGCCUCUGAAAUACAUCAAAGGGGUGUGUUUAUUUGGUAUGUGUUUGUAAAAUAUGUACAUAAGAUUCGCUUGGUAACGGGGGACCUUUUCUCUGAAUCAUGAAGGAUGUGAAGUUAAAUUGACCCAAUUACAGUAUGUAUAGUGUAUGUAAAACUAAGUGUACAAGACAUUUAUGUACAAGUUUAUACAACAAAUAUAUUGUAUAUUUUUUACCUUUAAA